UACAAUCCUUCUCACAAUUUCCAUAUCCUAAACCCUUCUUCAAUACUCCCUCUCCAACACUUCCUAGUCACCAAUCCUCACCACGCCUCCUCCAUCGCCGCAAUCGUCACUCUCAGUCUCCACCCCAUAAAUGCCGAUGACAUCCGACUUCUUCCCUCUCUCCGUUUCAUCUGCACCCCCAGCGCCGGAACUAAUCAUAUUGACCUCUCCGAGUGUCGCCGUCGGGGAAUCCAGGUCGCCGACGCCGGAAAUAUUUUUUCUCCGGAUGUUGCUGAUAUGGCAGUCGCUUUGUUGAUUGACGUUAGCAGGAAAAUCUCCGCGACGGAUCGAUGGUUGAGACGACAGCUUCAGCCUUCCUCUUGGGAUUUUCCACUUGGUUCUAAGUUGACAGGACAAAAAGUUGGAAUAGUUGGUAUGGGAAGAAUUGGAUCAGAAGUAGCAAAGAGGCUUGAAGGAUUCAACUGCAAUAUAUCAUAUAAUUCUAAGAACAAAAAACCAUUAGUUUCAUACCCUUACUAUUCUAGUGUCUUAGAACUUGCCACCAACACCAAUGUACUUAUUCUUUGUUGUGAACUAAAUGACAAAACAAGACACAUUGUGAACAAAGAAGUCAUGUUGGCAUUGGGAAAAGGGGGAAUUAUAGUGAAUGUUGGAAGAGGUGCUCUCAUUGAUGAAAAGGAAUUGUUAAGGUGUUUGAUUGAAGGUGAGAUUGGAGGUGCUGGUUUGGAUGUGUUUGAGAAUGAACCUCAUGUUCCUAAGGAGUUCUUUUCUUUGGAUAAUGUUGUUCUUUCACCACAUGCAGGUGUAUUAACUUCAGAGUCUUUCAAUGGUAUCAGCCAAGUUGUGGAACAAAAUUUGGAAGCUUUCUUUUCGAAUAAGCCUCUGAUUACUCCGGUUAUAUAGUUGAUUGAAUUGUUUAUUGCAUUUUUUGUUGACCCUUUUGUUGAAUGCUUUUGAAUCAAGCUGGGUGUGAUUGAUAUAUGUGUUCGGAUCUUCUUCAUUUUCCAAAAUAAAUUGUGAGAUCUAUUUAAAGAUGAAAUGUAAGUUGGGAUCAAACAAAAGAUUGGACAGAGAUUGAAUGUAUAACAACAAAGAUUGUCAAGCAAAUGAAAAUUAACUAUGUCUUAAAUUUAACAAUUAGCAUAAAGUUAAAUUCAUUAAACAUUCAACGGAACA